GAGUGAUUAUCAAUCAAGCAUCUGCUUUCAACCAGAGAGACGAUCGGCUAGCAUGAACUCCUGAGAGAAGACUGACGUCACCGAUUAAGCGCCGCCCAAACACCGGAAGAUCUGCAGCGUAAGCGGAAGAAGCAAGCAAGCCGGAAAGAGCCGAAGGAGACUACUGCUUCCCUCCGCCGCUCCGGAAAGUGCCGAGAAAACCCGGAAGAAGCAAGAAGUGUCGGAAGAUCAGAACAGCCGGGACAUCUUCACUUGCUAUCCGGGACGGCGGGACAGGUUUAUCCCUAACAGGUUGAAUAAACUGCUCUAUACUGUUCAGACUGAUAUAAGAUCUUCAGAAGUCUGUUAAACAACAACAGUUCCAAUGGCCUUCAUCUACAAAUAAAACAUGCUAAUAACUAUCCAUUUCCAUGUGUAUAAGGAGAAAUUAGCACCGACUGCUUUACCAUGUUGUAGACUUAGUGCUGUUAGCUCGUCUUCUCAAAACCUCUCAAGUUUUUACGUAAUGGUUUUGGAGCGGGAUGUUAGGUUUACUAGUUUGUGAUGUCAUCCUUGACCCAACCCUUCGGGGGCGACAGCUCAACACCCAGAUUUUUUGUUGGUGCCCGAGAUGAUGAGACAGAUUUCCUGGAAUCAAACAUGAAUCAAGAAAAAGUUGACUUUUAUGAGGAAGAGGAAGAUGAAGAUGAGGAGGCAACCCCUCCCGAGCGGCAGAUUGUGGUUGGAAUCUGUGCCAUGACCAAAAAGUCCAAGUCUAAGCCCAUGACUCAAAUUUUAGAGAGACUGUGCAAAUUUGAGUACAUUACUGUAGUUAUUAUGUCUGAAGAUGUAAUCCUCAAUGAGCCUGUGGAGAACUGGCCCAUUUGUGACUGCCUGAUUUCUUUCCACUCCAAAGGAUUUCCCCUGGAUAAAGCUGUUGCUUACUCCAAACUCCGGAAUCCUUUUCUGAUUAAUGACUUGAACAUGCAGUAUUUCAUACAGGACAGGAGAGAAGUUUAUCGCAUUCUGCAGCAAGAAGGUAUUGAUCUUCCCCGUUAUGCUGUGCUAAAUAGAGAUCCUGAUCGACCUGAAGAGUGUAACCUAGUAGAAGGAGAAGACCAAGUUGAAGUGAAUGGAGAAGUCUUUCCAAAGCCCUUUGUAGAAAAGCCAGUCAGUGCUGAAGACCAUAAUGUUUAUAUAUAUUACCCAACAUCUGCUGGUGGUGGUAGCCAAAGGCUGUUUAGAAAGAUUGGCAGCCGUAGCAGUGUAUACUCACCAGAAAGCAGCGUACGAAAGACUGGAUCAUAUAUUUAUGAAGAAUUCAUGCCAACUGAUGGCACUGAUGUUAAGGUGUACACUGUUGGGCCAGACUAUGCACAUGCAGAGGCUCGAAAAUCACCUGCUUUAGAUGGUAAGGUUGAACGUGACAGUGAGGGAAAAGAAAUCCGAUAUCCUGUCAUGCUGACUGCUAUGGAGAAACUUGUUGCCCGUAAAGUCUGCUUGGCCUUUAAGCAAACUGUGUGUGGCUUUGAUUUAUUACGAGCCAAUGGACACUCAUUUGUCUGUGAUGUUAAUGGUUUCAGCUUUGUGAAGAAUUCCAUGAAAUACUAUGACGACUGUGCCAAAAUAUUGGGGAAUAUAAUUAUGAGGGAAUUGGCGCCACAGUUCCAUAUUCCUUGGUCCAUUCCAACAGAAGCAGAAGAUAUUCCUAUAGUGCCAACCACAUCUGGAACAAUGAUGGAGCUGCGAUGUGUUAUAGCGGUAAUUCGACAUGGGGACCGCACACCAAAACAAAAGAUGAAGAUGGAAGUUCGACAUUGCAGAUUUUUUGAAUUGUUUGAACAUCAUGAUGGUUACAAGACAGGAAAAUUAAAACUGAAGAAACCAGAACAGUUGCAGGAGGUGCUGGACAUUGCUCGAUUGCUGCUAGCAGAGUUAGGAACACACAAUGACUGCGAAAUAGAAGAAAGAAAAUCCAAACUCGAACAACUCAAAACUGUUUUGGAAAUGUAUGGUCAUUUCUCUGGCAUUAACAGAAAGGUGCAGUUGACAUAUUUGCCCCAUGGGCACCCAAAGACAUCCAGUGAGGAUGAUGAUGCACGAAAGGACUCACCUUCUCUUUUGUUAGUAUUGAAAUGGGGUGGUGAAUUGACCCCAGCUGGAAAAGUACAGGCCGAAGAGCUUGGUCGAGCAUUUCGUUGUAUGUACCCAGGAGGACAAGGAGAUUAUGCUGGAUUCCCUGGCUGUGGAUUGCUUCGCCUGCAUAGCACAUAUCGCCAUGAUCUGAAAAUUUAUGCGUCUGAUGAAGGACGAGUGCAGAUGACAGCAGCAGCUUUUGCAAAGGGUCUUCUGGCACUAGAAGGAGAACUUACACCAAUUCUUGUACAGAUGGUUAAAAGUGCAAACAUGAAUGGACUCCUUGAUAGUGAUAGUGACUCCCUUAGCAGUUGUCAGCAAAAAGUAAAGGCCCGUUUGCAUGAAAUCAUGCAGAAGGAUAAGGAGUUCUCAGAGGAAGAACAGGAAAAGCUGGCCCCUACAAACAGCAAGUCUGUGGUAAACUCCAUGGAGUGUAUUCAAAAUCCUGUAAAAACAUGUGACAGCGUGUAUUCCCUCAUUGAAAAUCUUACUUCUCAGAUUCAGAAACGCCUGGAAGACCCCAAAUCCGCUGAUCUGCAGCUGUAUCACAGUGAGACCUUAGAAUUGAUGCUACAACGUUGGAGCAAGUUGGAGAGAGAUUUUCGCAUGAAGAAUGGGCGUUACGAUAUAAGCAAAAUCCCAGAUAUCUAUGAUUGUGUUAAAUAUGAUGUUCAACACAACAGCUCUCUGAAACUGGAGGGGACAGAUGAACUGUUCAAGAUUUCAAAAUCACUUGCAGAUGUUAUAAUUCCACAGGAAUACGGGAUAAAUAAGGAGGAAAAACUGGAGAUUGCCGUGGGAUAUUGCCUUCCUCUGAUUAAGAAGAUUCAACUGGACCUACAGCGAACACAUGAGGAUGAAUCUGUUAACAAACUUCACCCCCUCUAUUCUAGAGGGGUUUUAUCUCCUGGACGCCAUGUUAGAACACGGUUAUACUUUACCAGCGAAAGUCAUGUGCACUCUUUAUUAAGUAUAUUUCGCUAUGGAGGACUCUUGGAUGAGUCCAAGGAUCAACAGUGGAAGAGAGCAAUGGAUUACUUAAGUGCUGUUUCUGAACUAAAUUACAUGACUCAGAUUGUGAUUAUGCUUUAUGAGGACAAUAACAAGGACGUAUCCUCAGAGGAACGGUUUCAUGUGGAGUUGCAUUUCAGUCCAGGAGUCAAGGGCUGUGAGGAAGAUCAAAAUGCCCCCCUGGGGUUUGGAUUUCGUCCAGCAUCAGCAGAAAAUGAAGAUAAGAAAACUGAUCAGGGGAGUUUAGAAGACUUAUCCAAAGUGAAAGGAAGUGAUGAAGUGGAUAGAUCUAUUCUUAUGUCCCCUCUACCACCAGAGCCUCUCAGUCUCCAGCGCAAAUCACCACUAACUCGCUCCAGGAAAACCGGGUCAAUGGAGGUCAUGAAUGGCAAAAGCACAGGCAAUAGAGGGCGCCGGAGAAGAAGAUCGGGAGAGCCCCUUCGCUCCCCAUGUUCGAUCACUCUGCAGUCCAAGGCCAUGUCCACCACUAACCUGGCAUCAUGGCAACAGGUCCUUUCUGAGACAUCAUCUAAAGCUGGCAGCUACCGUCUCUUCACUUCCUUUGCCAGACAGUCCUCGGACAUGAAGCAAAGUGGUUUAGGAUCGCAGUGCACUGGGCUGUUCAGCACCACAGUGCUGGGAGGCUCCUCCAGCGCUCCCAACCUGCAGGACUACGCACGCAGCCACCGCAAAAAAAUCAGCUCUGCUGCCAGCCUGACUUACAAAGACGAACUGUUGUCUAUGCCAGCUGUAAAGCGAUUUUCUGUGUCGUUUGCAAAGCAUCCGACUAAUGAAUGCCUGGAAGACCACGAGGUCGCCCAGCUGCUGCGCCGCUUUUCCUGUGACUGCGCCCAGUCUCGGAACAUCUGUCUGGAUCGGGCUAUGGCCCACCACCUGCACCAGUGCUACUACCACCUGCGUCUCUUCAAGAACUGGCUGAUCUCGGGCCAUGACGAUUUGGAGUGCCUCUACGGUUUUGAGGGUUGUUCCAUGGUACCUACUAUCUACCCUCUGGAGACACUUCACAACUCAUUGUCCCUCAGGCAGGUUAAUGGCUUUUUGACAACAGUUUGUAAACAAUUUGCAGAAAACCAGUCAAGAAGAUCUUCAGCCGGAUGUGACUCCAUGAUGUCAAGCCAUACAUCUGAUGCUUACUUGCCACAUCGAAUACUCUCUUCUUCCUCACUUCAUUAUCGUCACCGCUCAGAGAGGCCUCCCUGGUACAGCAGCGGUCCAUCUAGUACAGUGUCCAGCGCAGGUCCAUCAUCCCCAACCGCUUUAGAUCUCUCUGCUCGUUUUAACUUCAGUGAUAAAACUUCCCUCACCGAAGAGCAAAGAAAAAAACUAAACCUUGAAGAGAAUCUUCAGCUUCAGAAUUCAAUUGGUGAGGGUCGAUCCAACAGCCAGGAGAUUCAUCAGUUUGAGGAACCGCUUGCUAGUGAAUGUUUGACACCAGAGCCUUCCAGUGGUGUGGCUGCACCUGUGCAGCAGUGUGUAGAGCAUGAGCUUCAGAUCGGCCUAGAAUCAUUUGGAGAGGCUUCAGUUCCCAGUCAAGCACUAUCAGAGCUUUCAGACCAGAGCAUGAAAACACAUAAUCAAAAGUUUCCCCUCCUGUCUCCUGUAGAUGAGCAGAUGAUAACAGAAUUAGCCCUUCAAGGUAGGGAGACAUCUCUUUAACAACUGGAACAACAAAAGAAGUAAGUUGGCCUGGUAAAGGUUUAUGAACGUGGCCUAUAACACGGAUCUCUGGAGUUGCCACUAGUCUUCAGCACUGAAUGACGUGAUACUGCAGCAAGUUUAAUCCAAACUGAUGACAAAAAUACAGUAAACAUUUACAGACUCAAGCAAAAAAUCCUGUUUAUUUGACCAGACAUUCUGUACAACCAUUUCAAAGGAAAGGAUGCAUAGUGCACAAAUCAGCCAUAUAAAAUAUAUAACUAUCCAGUAUUACAUGUAACCCCUGUUACAUCUGUUGUCAUUGAAAACUUCUCUUCACCAGCUAAUGGGCAGCAUGUAAGGAAGUGUUUUGUAGGUUUUAUAAAGGUUUGCACUUGAUUAGUUGCAAUGCUGUCUUUAAGGCAUAAACCAUAACAAUAAGAAGCUCAAUCCUUCUGGACAUGGUCAUUACACAGAAUGGUAAGGCGUUUCUAACCAGCUGAAAUGACACUUUUCACAUUUGAGUUUUAAUGGCGGAUCAUAAACUUUAGUCAGUUAAUAUAUUCUGAUAUCACUGGCAUUCAAUUAAAAUGUGAUAGAGAUAAAUUGAGUACUGAGAUCAAUGAAGUCUGACUUUGUUUUGCUGAUUUUAAAAAAAAGAAAAAGGCUAACAAUUACAAUUGCACAAGAAAAUGAAGCAAUGGGAAAUACCUUCACACCUACCUUUUUCAAACCACUCACAGCCGUCCUUAUUUAUAGUUCUUCAAGAUGGGAUACUGUGCAAAAGUAGGUGGGUGAUUCAGCCAUUUAUAUAAAUUCAGAAAGUAAACCACAGCUGGUUAAAUAAUAAUCAAAAGUAAUUUUUGCUGUGACAUUAUUAUACAUUUUAUUGGACUUUUUGUUUCUUUUUUUUCCAGUGAAUGUACUUUGAAUACAGGAACUUCACUUGUUUGUUCAUAGGCAAGCUUGUGACCCACAUCUGUUCUGUUGCAGCUUCUAAGCAUACAGAUAGAGUAAAGACGCAACAGCAGUAGGUACUAAUAAAGAAGCUUAUGCAGGGCCAUUAUAAAACAAUUUUGCUAUAUUUCUAAAGUCAGUCUGGGUGAGCAACAGAUGUUUUUGCUGCACCAAUAAAGAAAUCUGCUUGGAUAAACAGUUCCUACAGUGCAGCAAAGAAAGGGGUUUCAUAUAUUGCAGCAAACUAUAAUAUGGCACAUGGGAAAGAAUACCUGCUGCUCCCCUGGCUGUUUACUUAGCCUCUUCUAAGGCAGCUUUAUGGCCCAUAUAUGAAGGGUUUGGUCACAUAUCAGUGGAAAAUACCAUCAGCUAGUGGAUUCAUCUUAUCCUUGUAGGUCUGCCCUGGUUGUGCCAGAGGGCAAACAGAUCAACCCACUUGGUCCACUAAUUAGAUGGCCACAUAUUGCAAAAAUCUGUCUUUGGUGUCUUAACAAAUGAGCAGAUCUUAGUGUAUACAUUUAACCAAGGAGAUCAGUAGCUAAGGUAAUGGCACAUGGACUGCUUAGAGCAACUAUUUUUGGAUGUGUAAAAAUAUGCUCAAAGAGCACCCAGAACUGGCCAGUUGGCCAUUACCUAAAAGUAGGGUUCUCGCUUCUUAAAGAGAGUUUCUGCAAGCACUCUCUUUAAUGGACAUGCUCUAAUCUAUUUUGAUUAGAUUUUAUAAAGCAGUUUUUUUGCUUAAAGCAAACAUGACACAAUUAUAACUCUAAACUAAUGAACUCUGUGGUUUUUAGGUUUGAACUGUAUCAUUACAUAAGGAACUUGAUGCAACUAAGGAUUAAUCUGUAUGGUAUACUGAUUCUACAUCAGAGCACAUUGCACUUGGACAUACAUAUUAGUUAUUGUUUAUUAGACCGUUUUCCAGCUUCACUCCGACUGUGGUGCCAAAACAAGGGCCAAAUGGUGAAGCUCCUUAUUCUAUUGAUAUCUGAUGACUAUAACUGAUCAUUUAUUUGAUGUCAAUGAAAGUGAAGCUGUAUUGCAAACAUGAUCACAUGUAUACUGUUUCUGGACCUGGCGAUUAUAAUAUACACACAAUUUGCAGACGUUCGCUUGUGCUGUUUUUAAUUAUUAGCUCAGUCAUUGCAUCAGAUUCAUAUGGAUGGUAAAUAGAACACUUUAUAGAUUUUACUUGGGCAUUGGUUUUCUUUUAUUCUGCUGCCAAUUAUGGGACAUCCAUCUUUUCGGGCUACCAAUUUAGAGGCAGACGUUACUUUCUCUAAACAUUAUUUGGAACAAAAUAGAUUUUGUUUUAUUAUAAACAGCCUGUCUCAUGGAUAUAUUAAUAUGCCAAAUCACAUUUACAAACAAGCAUUUAUUGUUUUUUAAUCAAUGUAGUACAUCAGGGGAAACCCAUGAGGAAGUUUAAAACUAUUUUAGAAAAUAAACUUUUUUUCAUUGAAACCAGUAGCCAGUUAUAUUAAUGGCAGCUGUUGGAUUAGAUGUACUAUUUUCACGAUGACAGAGCUAUUACGAUUGAAAAGAGAUGAAUCUAUAUUAUAUAAAAUGAUCUAUAUUGUUAAAUGUUUAAUUUAUAUAUUUAAUCCAGAUGUUUGGAGCUGGUACUACUGUGCAGAAUACAGUAGGCUUGUUGCAGUUCGACAUCAUUAUAUGAUGGGUAGACGUAGAGUGCAGCUAACCAUUGCCACUAGUUAUCCGACGCAGCUCUGGAUUUGUAAAUGGUUGUACAUGUUGUGCAGUAGUGCAGUGUCGUUUGUCUGUUUCUGUUAUGAGAUUGGCAUCAUGUUCCUGAGAUUUUUAAAACGGUGUAGUGAGUAUUGUGUUUAUCUACUGUUCCAUAUACUGUAUUUGAUUCUGUCAUUCAGAAUGAAGAAGGGAAACUGUUUCUGAAUAUCCGUAUGUCCAAUGAACAACAUUGAGGAACUUCAUGUUAUAAGCUUUGAGUAUGUGGCGCCACGUUGAAAUCAGCCAACAAGUGGCUUCAGUUUAUGGGUUAUAUCAAGGUGUACUGCCUGUGUCACUGCCAUUGGUAUGGGUUGGAUAUUCCUCGAGAAUUUCCCUGUUUUAGAGGCAUCUAUUAUUACAAUGUCAUGUCUAACAGUAUAUUGUAUGCGCUAGAGACAAGCUGUAGAAUAAAACAAGACAAGUAAAUCCGGUGGCAAAUCUGGAGCAAUUGCUCCAUUCGUUCAAUUAUAUUCAAUAGAAAAGUAUUCAGUUUUCAAAUAAAUUAAUGGUAUGCUUUAUGUCCAGAAUACUAAUGAGAUUGAUCCUUCUUUGCAAAAUGUGUACGUUAUAAAUUAUCUAUUACAUUUUUUAUUUUAUUUUUUUUCUUCAGAUUUUUCAAUUGACCAAAACCAAGAUCCAAAGUAGUUAAGGGAAUUGAAUUAGUUAUGUGAUAUUGCUAUUUCAUUUAAACAGUCAUUGACUAUUUCUUCUCUAUAGUAAACCUGAAUUCUUGACCUGCCUGUUUUAUCUCUCUUUUUUUUUUUUUUUUUUUAAAUGUUUUUUGUACCAUUAUACCAAAACACCUUCAAGCCCUCUACAUUAAAUACAUUUAAAUAUUUUAAAUAAACUUUCUCAUCUAGGCAAUAUAUAUAUACAAUGAUGGUCAAUCUCUAAAACAUUGUCUUAAGUUGGGACAUCUGAUUUGCUUGUCUUUUUGCUUAAAUAAGCUAUACAGUCUUACGUUUUCUAAGCCAUGAAAGUUGUUUUAUGGUUGCACUGUUUGAAUGGAAACACUCCUGUCUGAAAGCAAUAAAGUUGUUUUUGGAAAAUUAA